ACUGCUGGCAAGAAGCAAGUGACAGGAAGAGAAGACAGGGUAGGAAGGUUUUGGGGAUGUGACUGUCACUCCCAGGGAGGUCCUCGACUGUCACCCCCAUGGCUCUUCAGCUGGCAGGCUUUGCGGUCCUGCUGCUGCUCCAGCGCUGCUCUGCCUACAAGCUGGUCUGCUACUACACCAACUGGUCCCAGUACCGGGAAGGCGAUGGGAGCUGCUUCCCAGAUGCCAUCGACCGGUUCCUAUGCACCCACAUCAUCUACAGCUUUGCCAACAUCAGCAACAAUGAGAUUGACACAUGGGAAUGGAAUGACGUAACGCUCUAUGGCACACUGAAUUCACUUAAAACCAGAAACCCCAACCUGAAGACCCUUUUGUCUGUUGGAGGAUGGACCUUUGGCUCAGAAAGAUUUUCCAGGAUUGCCUCCAAUACUAAUAUGCGCAGCACUUUCGUCAAGUCAGUAGCCCCAUUUCUGCGGACCCAUGGCUUUGACGGGCUGGAUAUCGCCUGGCUCUAUCCCGGCCCAAAAGACAAGCAGCAUCUUACCACCCUCAUCAAGGAACUAAGGGCGGAAUUCACAAAGGAAGUCCAACCUGGAACAGAGAAACUCCUGCUCAGCGCAGCUGUGUCUGCAGGGAAGGUGGCCCUUGACAAUGGCUAUGACAUCGCCCAGAUAUCCCAACACCUGGAUUUUAUUAAUCUCAUGACCUACGAUUUCCAUGGAGCCUGGCGCCAAGCCACAGGACAUCACAGCCCCCUCUUCCGAGGCCAAGCGGACAAUAGAAAUGACAGAUUCAGCAAUGUGGACUACGCUGUGGGGUACAUGCUAAGACUGGGAGCCCCGGCCAGCAAGCUAGUGAUGGGGAUCCCCACCUUUGGGAAGAGUUUCACCCUGGCCUCUUCUGAGACGAGGGUAGGAGCACCAAUCUCUGGGCCAGGAUUACCAGGCCCGUUCACCAAGGAAGAAGGGACCCUUGCCUACUAUGAGAUCUGUGACUUCCUCAGAGGAGCUGAAGUACAUAGGAUCCUUGGCCAGCAGGUUCCCUAUGCUACCAAGGGCAACCAGUGGGUGGGGUAUGAUGACCAGGAGAGUGUCAAAAACAAGGUGCAGUACCUGAAAAGCAAGCAGCUGGCAGGAGCCAUGGUAUGGGCACUGGAUUUGGAUGACUUCAGAGGCUCCUUCUGUGGGCAGAACCUACGCUUCCCGCUCACCAAUGCCAUCAAGGAGGCACUUGCUACGGCUUAGCUGUUCCUUUCCCACAUGGAACCCCACACCCUCUGGCCAGAAGUCACUGGUCACCUGCAAUGCUACGUCCUGCCCAGCUGAGCCCUGUGUAGGGGCCAGGGUAUUGAGAUUUGGACUUAGCCUUGAUGAACAAAGAAGUAGGGUGGGACUGUGGGGUUGUGAGAGUCACAGUGUGAGGUAUAGAUUCAGUAAAUCCUUGCUAAUGAAGGGAAAUUCUCAGAUUCUUAAGCCCAGCACAAAAGAAUUUCUUCAACUACCUUUCCCCCCAGCUCUCCUGACCAAAGGACACUGUUUUGGCAAGUUAUGCCAUCAAGUAGACAAACAUCUUACAAGAUGCAGUGGCUAUACUAAUUAUACUCUCUGCAAAGCCCAACUUGAACCCUUUACUUAAGAAUAUAAUCGUGUCUCUAACCCACUUCCCUUUCCCUAAUUCCACAGCUGCUCAAUAAAGCUCAGGAGCUUA